UCGGCUCGGUUCGGCUCGGAAGGAAGGAAGGAAGGGAGGGAGGGAGGGGCGCGCAGCCCCCCGCCCCGAGCGGCGGCCCCGGGCCGCGGCCCCCCGUUGCGGUCGGAGAGGCGUGCAGCACCGGGCCCUGCGAUGCCGUUUGGCUGCGUGACGCUGGGAGACAAGAAAGAUUAUAACCAGCCGUCCGAGGUGACCGACAGAUAUGACCUGGGCCAGGUCAUCAAAACGGAGGAGUUCUGUGAAAUCUUCCGGGCCAAGGAGAAGACGACGGGGAAGCUGUACACCUGCAAGAAGUUUUUGAAGCGGGACGGGCGGAAAGUGCGGAAGGCGGCCAAAAACGAGAUCAUCAUCCUCAAAAUGGUGAAGCACCCCAACAUCCUGCAGCUGGUGGAUGUCUACAUCACCCGCAAGGAGUAUUUCAUCUUCCUGGAGCUGGCCACCGGCCGGGAGGUCUUCGACUGGAUCCUGGACCAGGGCUACUACUCAGAGAGGGACACCAGCAACGUCAUCCGGCAGGUGCUGGAGGCCGUCGCCUACCUGCACUCGCUCAAGAUCGUCCACAGGAACCUCAAGCUGGAGAACCUGGUGUACUAUAACCGCCUGAAGAACUCCAAGAUCGUCAUCAGCGACUUCCACCUGGCCAAGCUGGAGAACGGGCUCAUCAAGGAGCCCUGCGGCACCCCCGAGUACUUGGCUCCGGAGGUGGUGGGGCGGCAGCGGUACGGGCGGCCGGUGGACUGCUGGGCCAUCGGCGUCAUCAUGUACAUCCUCCUCUCGGGGAACCCCCCUUUCUAUGAGGAGGCAGACGAGGAUGAUUACGAGAACCACGACAAGAACCUCUUCCGCAAAAUCCUGGCCGGGGACUACGAGUUCGACCCGCCGUACUGGGACGACAUCUCGCAGGCGGCCAAGGAGCUGGUGACGCGCCUGAUGGAGGUGGAGCAGGACCAGCGGAUCACGGCGGAGGAAGCUAUCUCCCACGAGUGGAUCUCCGGCAACGCCGCCUCUGACAAGAACAUCAAGGAUGGUGUCUGCGCCCAGAUCGAGAAGAACUUUGCCCGGGCCAAGUGGAAGAAAGCCGUGCGAGUGACCACGCUCAUGAAACGCCUGCGAGCACCCGAGCAGACGGAGACGGCCCCAGCACCGGCCACCGCCGCCACCGCCGCCACCGCCACUACUGCCACCGCCGCCACGGACACUGCGGCCCCCGCGACCCCCGCGACCCCCGGCACGCCGCCCGCCGCCACGUGUAACGGGGACGGGGCUGCCACCGCCGCCACCACCGAGGCCCCCGGCGAGCAGACCGGCUGAGCGGCGGUGGCCCCCGUGCCCCCCCCUCUGUACAUAGCCCCCGGCAUGGUCCCCCCUGCGCCCCUGCCUGCGCCCCAUUUUCUACGUGCCCCGACGGAGAGCCGGCCGCGGGGCAGAG